AUGUAUUCAAGUACAUUAAGUAGACAACCAUCUGGUGGUUCAGCUCUACAUUCAUUCCAUAGUCAAAUAUCAACUGCAGUUAUUGAUUAUUCACCAUGGAUGAGACAACGACGACCACCUAAAUCAGCUGGAACAACAACAACAACUACAGCUGCUGCAGGUCUUCCUCCUUUACACGAUGAAAGAAAAUGCUCAGGACGAUGUCGACAUUUACGAAAAGAGUCCACACCUGAACGUUUUGCACCUGAGAAUCCAGCCAAAAUUCAAUGGUUAACAUUACAAUUGCAUAUGUAUCGUACACGUAUACAAUCAUUUAUUCAACGUGAAAAUGAUUUAAAAGUGAAUAAUGCUAAAUUACGUGAAACUAUUUCUCAUGUAGAACAUUCAGCUCACGAUACAGUGGCAGUUAAUUUACGUCGGUUUGAUCAAUAUCAAAAAACUAUUUCACUUGUUGAAACGAAACAAAACGAAGAAAAACAAGAAUUACUUGAUACUAUUGAUCAAGAACGACAGACACUUGCUAAUGAAGUUGAAAUGUAUGAGAAUCAAAUUUUAUCUCUUGAAAAUCAAUUAGGUGAUUGUCAACAAUUUCUUAAACAAUUAAAAACAUAUAAAGAUAGUGAGUAUCCUGAAAAAGAACAAACACUGCAAAAAUUACUUCAAGAAAUCGAUGAAACAAAACUUUUUAGUUCAGAAGAAGUUGAUGAAUUAAAUCGUAUCCUUGAAAAGCAACAAGAACAACAUUUAGAAAAUCUUCGUCUAACUGUAGCACAAUUAAAAGAAGAACAAGCAACGGCAGCUUUUUCCGAUAUGCAUAUGUCUUAUUUACUUGUUGCACUCGACAAUGAUCGAAUGAAAGAAGAAAUUGCUAUUCAAGAAGAAAAACUUCGUUUAUUAGAAAUAGAAUGUGAACACAUGCGAAAACUAAAUGCAAAAUUAAAACGUGAAAAAAGUCGAGCAUUCGAUUCUCGUACUUUAUUUCCACAUGUUUUUCGACAAGAUUCAAUGCCAAUUUGUACACCUGAUAUGGAUGUUGUAAUUGAUUUUCCUGAACGACAAACUCCAUUACCUGUUAAUAAUAAUAUUAUUGUUAAAAGUGAUGAAAUCGAAAAUUCUCGUUUACUCAAUAUACUUAAUUGGCCACCAUUAGAACAUUUAGCGACAGAAAAAACACCAUCAUCAACAAUACUAGGUAAUGAUGAAAAUGAACCAAAAUCUAAGAAUGGUUAUAAUGCGGUACAAAUUUCAAUUGAAUUACAAAAGAAAAUGUUAAAUUUAAAAGCGACGUUUAUUGAUCCAUCCGGUCGUUUAGUUAACUAUUGUCGUUUGCGUGCAAGUAAUGUCUAUAAUGAUUUAUGUGAAAUGGGCAAUCGUUUGACAACAAUUAGCCUUGAAAAUGUCACAGAAAAUGAACGUAAAACAUUUUUCAUUAAUCUUUAUAAUAUAUUGACAAUUCAUGGAUUAGCUUCGUUAAAUGAUUUACCUAAAUCGGUUCUCGAUUUAAAUCAAUUUUGGAAGACAACAUCAUAUAAAGUUGGAUCAUAUUUUUAUUCCUUAGAUGACAUAGAACAUGGCAUUUUACGAGGUAAUAAACCUCACUCAAAUUGUACUCAACGGCAUUUUACAUUCAAUGAUCCUCGUGUGCGGUAUUCAAUGCGUCGUUGUGACCCACGUAUUCAUUUUGCACUUAAUUGUGGUGCACGUUCAUGUCCGCAAAUUGCAAUAUAUUCAUCAACAAAUCUUGAAAAAGCUUUAAAUAUGGCAACAACAUCUUUUUGCAAUGCUGAAGUUGAUAUUAUACUUGAAAAUGCUGAAGUUCGUUUAUCAAAAUUAUUUCUGUGGUAUAAAAGUGAUUUUGGUCGAUCUGAAACAGAAGUAUUAAGAUGGAUAGCAAAAUAUAUUGAUGAGCCAAAACAAUCAUUACUUAAAACUUUACUCGAUCGGCAAGGUUCCAAAGAUGGCUUACGACUAUCAUAUAAAAUCUAUGACUGGAUGCUAAAUCAUCAUGAUGGUCCAAUGCCUAAUAUUGAUUCAACAACAACACUUGGUUUAGAUGCUUAA